AUGCUGCCCGGUCCACUAGCGCCCAUCGACUCGAACAAAACGCGCGCCCUCACCACUAUAUACGCGCCGCGGAAGCUUAAAACGAGAAAAAACAAAACAGCACAAACGAGGAUGCUGGAAAACGACAUCCCGAUCAAACCGAGCCUAUCCCCCUUCCACCCCCUCCCAGCGAUCGGCCAGAAGUCAGAGAAGACGAAGGUCAUCCUUCUAGACUUGGACAAACCGCUCAAGUUCCACGAAGUGCUCCAACCGUUAACGCCUUUAAGAAUACACGGGCUCCGGAGAACUUCUUUGGAGAAUUUAGAAAAACCACAACAAUUGUUAAGAGAGAACACAUAUGAUGUCAUCACACCCACUUACCUUAACGCCCCGAGAAUCGAAAGGAAGGACUGCUUGAGGAAAACUCAGCAAAUUGCAAAGCAAGCGCCGAAAAUGUCGCCGAAGACGAGGUUCAAGAACGCAGCAUUACAGGUGGCUAAAUUGACGUCCAUGAGGGAGAAUGGUAAACUCCUGUGUUUGAGAGAGAGAGAGACGUUCACACUUUGCAAGAACGAAGAGGACUCUUGCAGGCUGCAGCGGUUGCCGAAGAGGCCACCGGAAAAGUUAAAUAAGCUAUCGGAGAUAUUUCAAAGCCUAGAAUUGCAGGGUCGACAGCGGGAAAGAAUAAAUAAAGAAAAUAGUUGGUUCUGA